UUGUGUAGGACGGAGCUACUGCGCUCAGACGAUUCGGUUCGAUUCGAUUGAUAGUGCGUGUGGCUUUUAAUAGUGGAUUGCUCUAUAAGUUGAUAAAUGAGUGUGUGUCAUAAAAUUAAAUUGCAAUUAAAUGAUAAUGCAGUGUGCACUCCAAUAAAUAAUAAAUAAAUAAACGUGCAACAAAAGGAGGCAGGCGCAGAGUCAAUCAGAGCACGCGUUUAUAUUUAAAUCUGAAUUAAAAUUUGAUUAUUUUGUGCGUUUUUUGUUUGCGUUGAGGAUAUACGAAAAUAGCCGAAACGAAAUUUGUCGCUGUCGCUGUUUCAGUUGCCGUGUGCGCUGUGCGUGAAACAAAAAUAAAAUUAAAUAGCGCAAAAAUGCUGCAGCCGUGCAAGUGCAUGAAAUAAAUGCGAAACGAAAAAAAAAGAAAUAAUGAGAUAGAAAUAAAGUUGGUACUUCGCAUAUGCCCCAAAGGCAAAUAAAGAGUGCAAAACGCAAAGGAAAUGCGUAAAAAAUAAUCAUAAAAGUCUCAGACCGAACGACGACGCGACGGCCAAGCGGAAAUUGUGCAAAAAAAAAAGAAUAAAUAAAAAGAAAUUUAUAAUAAUAAAGUGCUGCAAAUUCUGAGAAAGUGCCAUGUAAAAUGUGUGUGUGUAAGCAUUAAAAUAACAAGUGGUGUGUGUGCGCAAGUAAUAAAAUCAAAUUUAAAUACAUAAUUAAAACAAAAAGAAUGCAGUUCGUAGUGUGGAGCGCGCUGUGGCUGCUGCUGCUCCAAUUGCUGGCGCUGAACUCAAGCCGAGCCCAAGCCAAGCGGCAGACGCGGCUCAAGCACUUGCAGUCGCUUUCACCCGCACAGCUGCUCAAGGACUACGAUGUGAGCAGCAACAGCAGCUACUCCCUGGAGCAGCUGGAGCAGAGCGUUGUCUCCUGGACCGGCGCACGCAUCACCACUCAGCGCCGCCAGACGACGCCCAGGCCGAGCAAUCCACGCAGACGCAAAACCAAAAGUGGCCUGCUGAUUGAAAGUAACAUUGCUGAGGAUGCUUCCGCAUCUGCGUUGAAGAAGUCCGUCGCACAGCGUCGCCGCAGCGGACGCCUCCAAAGGCCAAAUAGCAAAGCGAAUGCCAAUGCUCUGCGGCUGCUUAAUAGCCAACAGGCGGAUGAUGUAAGUGCCGGCAACGGCAAUGUUGGCGGUCUGUAUCCGCCGCUCUUUAAUGUCGCGCCGCGUGCCACAAUUACGGUGAAUGCAACCUGCGGGCAAAGCGGUGCCGAGGAGUACUGCAAAUUGGUGGACGCUUAUCCGCAUCGCAAUUGGGCCAAACAAUGCGGCACCUGCAAUGCCCACAGCUCGGAUCGCGCCAAGCAGCGACCCAUCGAAUCGCUCAUAUCGCCCGGCAACAGUUUCGAGGAAAGCUGGUGGCAAUCCCCAACGCUGCAAGGUGGCCGCCAGUUCGAGUAUGUGACCAUCACAUUGGAUUUGAAACAGACAUAUCAAAUAUUUUUCAUAAUGCUCAAAUCGGCAAAUUCGCCACGUCCUGCUUCCUGGAUAUUGGAGAAGUCGCUCGAUGGCAUCAAUUUUGAGCCGUGGCAGUACUUUGGCCUCAGCGAUGCGGACUGCAAGCGGCGCUAUAAUCUCCCCGGGCAGACCGGCAAGCAUGUCUUCACCAACGACACUGAAGUCAUCUGCUCCACACAGUUCUCCAAGCCGCUGCCGCUGGAGAACGGCGAGCUGCACGUCUCACUGCUAAAGAACCGCCCGGGCGGACUGGAGCAAACGCCCGAGCUGAUGCAGUUCAUCACAGCGCGUUACAUGCGCAUCCGCUUGCAGGGCAUGCACUCCACGGCGAAUCUGGACAACAGCGUGGACUGGCUGCUGGACUCGCAGUCGCUGGAGAAGCGCAGCUUCUAUAGUUUGAAGCAGCUGCGAGUGAGCGCUCGCCUGGAUUGCCAUGGACAUGCGGAGCGCACGCAGGAGCUGGAGGAGCAGGCGCUGCUGCAGUGCGUCUGCCAGAAUAAUGCGUGUGGACUGCAGUGCGAACAGUGCUGUCCACUGUUUCAGGAUCGCGCCUACAGGCCGGGUGGCGAGUGUGAGAUUUGUCAAUGCCAUGGACAUGCCGCAAGCUGCAGCUACGAUGCGUUCCUGGAGCGUGGCAUUUGCCAGGACUGUGCCAACAGCACGGCGGGAAAUGAGUGUGAGUUCUGUGCCGCGGAUCACUACAGAGCGCUGGAUGCGCCCGCUACGGAUCCUUGUCUGCCCUGCGCCUGCAAUCCCAAACGCUCGACGGGCAGCUGCGCCCCUGCAGGUGGCGACUGCCAUUGCCUGGAAGGCUUCCAGGGACCGCGCUGCGAGGAGUGCGCUCCCAAUCAUUUCGGCGAUGAUUGCCGGCGCUGCCAAUGCGAUGCCCGCGGCACUUUGACGGACAGCGGCUGCGCCGGCAGCUGCCAAUGCAAGUCGAAAGCGCAGGGCGAAACGUGCGCUGAAUGCGCCUUGGGCUACUACAAUUUGGAUGCACUCAAUCCGGCUGGCUGCACGCCCUGCUGGUGCUCGCACGUCUCGGAGAGUUGCCACAGCGCCAAGCUGCAGGCGCUGGCAUUUGAAACGCUCAACGAUUGGCGUCUGACCGACAUUCAGCGCUUGCAGUCGAUUGAAGUGGCGGCGGAGCAGAAGCGUUUGGUAUUCGGCAAUGAGCUGGAUGAAGUGGAGGCUAUAUACUGGCAAGCACCCGUCGGCUAUCUGGGCAAUCGUCUGACCAGCUAUGGCUCACGACUGCAGCUGCAGUUGUCCUGGGUGGUAAUGCGUGGCGAUACUUCGGGCAAGCCCACAACCGGACCCAAUGUCAUACUCUUCGGCAAGAACGGUCUGAAGAUUGCCUAUGCGGAUGAAUCCUUUGAGAGCCUGGAGGCCGCGCUGAACAUAACGCUGAGCGAGUCGGGCUGGUAUCAUGUGCCGCCCGCUGUCAAGGAUAUAAAGACGCGACUGCGACGCACUGAAGGCGGCGCCUAUCAUGGUGAAGCUGUCACUCGCGCCCAAUUCCUGUCCGUUCUGGUAUCCGUCGAGGCGCUGCUCAUACGCGCUGCGUUUCACACAGAUCAAGUGGAAACGGUGCUGGAACGCGCUGUCAUUUACUCAGGUGGCCUGGAGCUGGGUGCGGAGGCCAGCACACAAGUGGAGCAGUGCAUUUGCCCGCCGGGCUACACAGGCCUGUCAUGCGAACUUUGCGCCUUUGGAUACAAACGCAUCUAUGAGAACUCUACAACGCAUCAGCUGCUGGGCAAGUGUAUACCCUGUCCCUGCAAUGGACACUCGAAUUCGUGUGAUCUGCAAAGUGGCAACUGCGGCGAUUGUAUGCACAAUACUUUUGGUGAACGCUGCGAACGCUGCCAGCUCGGAUUCUAUGGCAAUCCCUUGCAAGGCACGCCGACUGACUGCAAACGUUGCGCUUGUCCUCUGCCAGAGGAAUCGAACAACUUUUCACCCAGCUGCCAGCUUAAGAGCUACAACUUGGAUCUAAAUCCCAGUUCAGCUUUCGAGCAUGCAGAAUAUGUGAACCAAUGUGGAGGGCUUACGGGUGAUCACUGUCGAUUGCGCGGGUACUACGGUAUCCGCUGCGCUGGCAGCCAAUGUCUUUGCAAUGCGAAGGGCGGACCCUGCAACGUCCCAGCGGCGCUGUAUUAACCUUGUUGGGCAUACGGGGCUGCACGUGAGCGUUGAGCGCGGCUUUGGGCGCGAUCAUCUGUGGCUGCCGAGCCCUGCAAUUUGAUACAGCGAGGCGCAGAGAGCCAGUCUGUGCGCAGUAAUUGAUGGUCAUGCCUGUGCCGGCAGAGAUUUGCGGGUCUGAAGUGCAAUGAAUGUGAGCCUGGCUAUGCUCAUGUGGCACAGCAAUGCUUGCCUUGCAACUGUGAUCCGUUGGGUGCAGCAGUUCUGAAUAAUUGCAAUAUGACAAGUGGACAAUGUGAGUGCAAAAUGGGCGUCAUGGGCGUCAAGUGCCAGGAGUGUCAAGAUGGUUACUUUGGCAUGAAUGUGAAUGCCCAACAACUGGAGGAUUUGGCAGCUUUGCGUUCAGCGGACGACGACGAGGAUUGGGAACUAAUCGAUGAUGCGCAACUGCCCGCAGAAGCUUGUGAGAAUUGCCAAUGCAGCGCUGUUGGGUCCUUGUCGAGCGCCUGCGACAAGCGAACAGGACAGUGCUCCUGCCUGCUGAACGUGGCGGGAAGACGCUGCGACAAGUGCAAGGCGGGCCACUGGAAUCUGACGCAGGGCCAGGGCUGUCAGGAUUGCCAGUGCGAUGCGCAUGGCGCGCGUAGUCGCGAGUGCAACCCUUGGACGGGACAAUGCGAUUGCAAGAUAGGCGUUGGAGGACGCCACUGCAAUGAAUGCACAGAAGGUUUCUUUGGCUUCAGCACCGAGGGCUGCCAGCGUUGCGCUGCUUGUGCCGCCGAGGGACAGGUGUGUGAUCCACUCAAUGGACGCUGCAUUUGCCCCAAAUUCACACGCGGCCUGGGCUGUGCGCAGUGCGUGCCUGGGACUUGGGGCUGGCAGGCACGUUUGGGUUGCCGCGAGUGUGCUUGCCAUUACAUUGGCUCCAUUGGACAGCAGUGUGCAGCGGUUGGUGGACAGUGUCAGUGCCGCGAGGGCUACGCCGGACGCACGUGCAACAGCUGCGCAGUGGGCUUCUUUGGCUUUCCGGAAUGUCGUCGCUGCAAUUGCGAUGUGGCCGGCUCUUUUACGCAACCUGAUGGGCUCAUAGCCUGUGACUCCAAUGGGCAGUGUCCUUGCAAGAGCUUGGUGGUGGGCCUGAAGUGCGACACCUGCAUGCAGAGCACCUUUGGACUGUCUGUGCUGAAUCCUGAGGGCUGCACGCGCUGCUUUUGCUUUGGCCGCGCCGCAGAGUGUGAGCAGAGCGAGCUCUCCUGGGGUCACAUACGCAUGGCAGAGGCGCGAAAUCUCAGCGUGCAACAGCUGCGACCCCAGCACGUGCCCAAUGGCGAAUUCGAGUACAUUGUGGUGCUGCAAAUGGCCGGCAGCGUCUCCCAUCGCGAAGAUGCUGAAAUACAGCAUAUGAAUGACCUUAGCUUAGUGCCUCGCUCCACCGGCAAUGUGUCCAUUGGCGCCUACACGCAGUUCCAUCAGCCAUUGUACUUCCAACUGCCGCCGCAAUUCUAUGGCGAUCGCACGCGUAGCUAUGGCGGCUAUUUGUAUUUCACGCUGCUCACUGAGGGUGCCCAGACGCCCUUGGAGCGCAAGGUCCUGGCCCAAUAUCCUUUGGUGCAGUUGCAUGCGCACUCCAAGCUCGUGCUGGACUUUUAUGAGUACGAGGAGUUUGAGUAUUCGUUGAAUGUUACGCAUCGUGUACCCCUGCAUGAAUCCUACUGGAAAUAUCAUCACAACAGCCAGGCUGUGGAUCGAAGCACGCUCAUGGCUGCUCUCCAAAAUGUUCGCCACAUAUUUCUGCGCGCCUUUACCUUUGCCGAUUUCCAGCAAGUAGUCUUGCAAAAUGUGCACAUGGAUGCCGCGAUAUUUGUUGAAGGCUCCACUAAUCUCUUGGCCAAAGGUGUGGAGCGUUGCAAGUGCCCGAAACGCUUUGAUGGCUUAUCCUGCCAGGAUCCGGGUCGUUCGUUUUAUCGCUGGCGCAAUACCAGCGAUGUGGAGAGCGUUUUCAUUGAGGACCUCAUUGGACGCGCAGCUCCUUGUUAUUGCAACGGACGCAGCAAUGAGUGCGAUCGGGAAACUGGCGUUUGCGUGAAUUGCCGAGAGAACAGUGGCGGCGAGCACUGCCAGCAAUGUGCAGAAGGAUUCUUUGGUGAUCCCAAUGCACGACAUGGCUGUCAGGCUUGUCCUUGCCCGGAAACAAAUCGAAACUUUGCUCGCGGCUGCAAUAUGCGUGAGGGCGAGGUCAGCUGCGUCUGCAAGCCAGGAUAUACGGGUCGUCUGUGCGAGCGCUGCCGCCAAGGAUACUUUGGAAACCCCAUGCUCUAUCCCAAUAGCAGCUGCGAGGCCUGCAACUGCAAUCCGGAUGGCAUCAAAGAGGAGGGCUGCAAUGUGGAGACGGGUCAAUGCUAUUGCCGCGAGGGCGUAACGGGACUAAAGUGCAACAAGUGCAUUGCCGAGCGCACACAUCUGGUGGAGCAAGGCUGCAAAGUUUGCGACAAUUGCACUUUGCUGCUGCUGGACUAUGUGGAGCUGGUGGGACACAAACUGCGUCGCGGCCUGCACAAUAUGGACCUGACGGGCAUACCAGCGCCUUAUCUAAAACUGUCAGAAUAUGAGCGCGCCUAUGACAACUGGCAAAUGCGACAGCUGGACUACAGCCAGGCGAGGCAGCUGCUGCUUGGCUAUGACAGUGCAGCGCUGCUUAAGCUGGAUGCGCAUGCCGAGAACAACAAGUUCCAAUCACGCAAAGCUCUAGCAACCGCAGGCAAGCGCCUGUUUGCACUGGACUCUAUGCAUGAGGCGGGCUUGGUGCUGCUGAAAGAUAUUGGCGCCACGCGAUCGGAUAUAGUGAAAACGCUUUGGAGUCUACGCAACUAUGGCCAAGGUGCGCAGCAUUUGAGCUUGCCGACGGCACUGAAACAGGCGCGUUUCUAUCUGCAAGCCAUACAGCAGCAUCAUCAGCUGGUGCAACAUAUACGCGGCAGCAACACUUGCGCCUGGGAGCAAUUCUACAGCAAUGGCAAUGCCUCCGAUGCGGCAUAUGACCAGCAGGCGCGUUUGGAAAAGCUUUGGCGUGAUAUGAAUCAAACUAACUAUCGUGUCUCAGAUAUGCGUCUGCUUAUAGACAGCACUCAGGAAAUGGCAAGUGGGGCAGAGGACAGUCUCGAGCAUGUGCGUAACCUAAGUGGCCAUCUAUCGGAGCAGUAUGAGCAACUGCAGCAGCUGGAUGGACACAUCAAACAACAGUUGGAUGAGCGUUAUGUCAGCCAAGGCGAGCAGCUGCUGCAAGAGGCUAGCAAUGGGCUAAGCAGACUGGCAGAGCAGCGUGUACAGUUGGCCGACUCAGCUGAGCAGUUGAAUGGCUCGCUUUUCAAUCAAUUGGAAUUGCAGCGCGAGGUUCGCAAGCAUUGGCUGCCCAAGGCGGAGAAGCAUGCGGAGCGGCUGCUAGAGCGUUCCAAUGAGUAUGCUCGUCAGUUUCAACCUACGAGGAAUGCAGCACGCAUUGCCUUGUUGGCAAGCUCCGCCCACAGCAACAUUUCGAAUGCCAUAGCGGCUGCACACCAGGCCUCUCUGCUCUCGAAGGAACGCGUCUAUGAGGCGCAGAGCACACUUUAUCCCAGCGAUGGCAGCUCCAUGAUUGAGCUGGCCAAGCACUCGCUGCAACGCUCCAAGCAGCUGCAGCGUGAGGCGCUGCAGCAAAUGCAAAGCUCGACGCUGCUCAAGGCCAAACUGCAGCAGCAGGAGCAGCAAGUGGAUGGCAUCAAGCGCACCAUAAUUGAGACGAGCCAGCGCAACAACAACAUCAGCAGUCAACAGCAGUUGCUGGCCAACAGCUCGUCCAGGCGACAUGCACAGGAGAGCAUGCAGCUGGCUGAGCAGACCAGCGAGCAAAUGCAUGCGGAGCUGCGGCAAGCGCGUGAGCUGCAACAGUCCAUACAACAUAUGCGCAAGUCCUUUGCCAUGCUGGAGCCUGAUUGGGAAAUAAAGUUGGGCAUGGCUGAGGAGAAUAUUUCGCUGACGAAAACAAAUCUGCGACUGGCAAAUGUCUCGCUGAGCUACAUAGAGCAGCAGGCGGAGAAGGAGCAGCAAGUGUUUGAGGUGUGGAACAAUACAAUGGCACAGCAGCUGCAGCAGCUGAGGGAUCAAAUCGCCAAGGCGCGACAUGCAGCGGAAGCGAUUGAUGUCUCGCUGGAGUCGUUGGGUCCCAAAUGCAGUCGCAUCUAUUUGCCCGUUAGCUAUGGCCUGAGCACUUCCAACUCGCUGCGUCUGAGCUUUGCUCUAUCAAAUCACAUGGGCAACUCGCCGCUGUUGCAUGUGCAGGGCAGCGAUGGACGCCACAUUACGCUGGAGCUGUACAAACGACGCGUGCGUCUUAUUUGGAAUCUAGGGGGCAGCACUGCAACCAUAACUCACCCACUGGAAGUGCAAACACGUGAUCCCAAGUACGACGAUGCCUGGUAUCAAGUGGAGGCCAAUCGCACGCUCAACUUGGGCAGUCUCUUGGUGCGGCGCAUGAAUAACUUUGGCAGCUUUGUGUAUGCGGCACCGAUUACGGGCUCCACUGAUGCGGAACAUACGCGUUUCUAUCAGUCGCCCAAAGAGCGCAUUUUACUCGGUGGCCAUGCCAGCAAGGAGCUAACGCCGGGCUUAAAUGUGGUCGUGCAUCAGGUGGAGGUGGACAACAAGCCGCUGGGCCUGUGGAACUUUAUUGGCAGCGAGGGACGUUGCGGUGGCGCCAUGAUUGGCGCUCGAGAAUCUUUGGCCAGCUCGGCAGCAAGACAUUUCAAUGGCCUGGGCUAUGCACAGCUGCGCACUAGACCACGCCCCUAUCGCAAGAAUCUAUUUGCACUGCAGAUGACCUUCCGCACCUUGGAUGAGAAUGCGCUGCUCUUCCUAGCGAUUGAUGACAAGAAUAAUCGCUCGGUAUCCGUUACGUUGAGUCGUGGCCGCAUUAUGUUCCGCAUUGACUAUGGCGAAGAGUCCAAGCUGGAGAUAAACACCACCAAGAAGUAUAACACUGGGCAGUGGAUUAAAAUUGAGGCGGCCAGAGAGUUCUCCAUGCGACGCAGCACUGAGAAUGGCAUGCUGCGUGUUAAUAACGAUCGCGCCAUCUCUGGUGCGCCCACGUUGCCAGUAAAGAGUCAUAUGUUGCCCGAUCUAUCCAAGGCUAUGUACUAUUUGGGCGGUGUGCCACCUGGCUUUACUUCGGGCACAACUAAAGCACCAGGCGCUGAUAAUCCCUUCCUAGGCUGCAUGAUGGAUCUGCAGGUAAAUGGCGAGACUUAUGAUCCGCUGGAAAGCUCCACUUACUUUGGCGUCGAAGCAUCCUGCAAGGAUAUGAUCACCAAAGCGGGAUUCUCUGGCAAUGGUUACCUGGAGUUGCCUUCCCAAACAUUACGCAAGCGCGCCAACACAGGCUUAGUCUUCCGCACUUUGCAGCCGGACUGUCUGCUACUCCUGGCUGCCUAUCCACCUGAAGUGCUUAGCGACUACGAUGCCAAGGAUAUCAAGGGCAACUAUUCGAUGAGCUUGAUUGAUGGUCAGCUGCAAGUUUGGAUAAAUUCCGGUCGCAGUUUUGUCAAGCUGCACUCGAACAAAAGCCAGCUGAACGAUGGCGAACUGCACGUUAUAAAUCUGAUCAAGACGGGACGCAAAUUGGAAUUAAUGGUGGAUGAUGAGCUGCAAGAUGUGCGCAGCCUGAGCGGCUCGCCAUCGCUGGUGAGCUUGCCCCAAGAGGCGGGCGGUCUCUACAUAGGAGGUGCGCCUGAAUAUGAAAGCUACGCACCACUGGCGCCCACAUUUGUCAAACUCGCUGGCGCUGUGCGUGAUGUGGUGUUCAACAAUCGCACUGUGAACUUUAAUGAUGCAUUGACCUUUUCUAAUGUGCAAAUUGGUCGCAACGGUCCCGUCAUGGGCAGUCUGAGUGGUGGACUCUAUGAUGUGCUGCUCAAGACUGAGCCCAUGAUUGGCAAGAGCUUUACAGCCUCUCCAGAAGGCUGCAAGCGGAUUGGCAGCUACUCCUAUGAGCCGAAUGCCUUCAAGUAUGGCGAUGAACUCUACAGCUACUCACAGCUCAAGCUGCCCGAGCGCCACUUCUGGCAGCGCAACUUUCAGCUGAGCUUUGACUUCCGAUCCUUCUAUCCCACGGGCAUGUUGUACUUGUCGCCAGGCAGCAAAGAAAAAACCAAGCACUAUGUAGCUCUGCUGCUAAAGGAUGGGCAACUGGUGUUGAUAGUGCGUGGCAGAAGACGCGAGGAGCUGAAACUAACUGCAAAGCUUAACGAUGGCGAAUGGCAUAAAGUAAGCAUCAGUUGUCAUGAGCGCAAGGUUACCAUGAGCGUGGAAAUUGGACGCACAGAUCAAAAGACUUCGGCACAGAUGCGGUUGCCUAAGAAAAUAGGCGCAUCACAGCUGCUCCUGGUCGGUGGCGUGCCACAGACGCCACUCAAGGUGCCCUCAGAGCUCUAUGCGCGUCUGGAAAAAUUCCGCGGCUGUCUGCGACGCGUAAGCAUUAAUAAUAGCACGCAGGACUUGGCACGUCCGGGCAAGCACUUGAAUGUGGGUCAAUGCUUCCCAAAUGUCGAACGCGGUAGUUUCUUUGCAGGCGAUGCUUAUGCCAUCUACAAGAAAAACUUUCAUGUGGCCAAGUAUCUGGAAAUCGAAUUGGAGUUCCGCACCUCAGAGCUUUCAGGCAUAUUGCUAAGCGUCUCUGAGCCCAACGGCUUUCCAGCGCUCUCUCUGGAGAUAAGCAAUGGCCAUGUUGUUUUCUCUUGUGAUCUGGGCGAUGGCAUACCAUUCCGCGUUCAAUCUACGCUGCCUGAUAAAUAUGCACUCUGCGAUAAUAAAUGGCAUAAUAUAUCUGCGCUCUAUGAUGGCGAACAGAUUGCACUGAGAAUUGAUCAGUUGCCCGCCACGAUCAGCAUGUCGAAUCAACGAAAUUCGGGCAAGGUGCAAACACGUUCGCCACUUUAUAUAGGCGGACUGCCAGAUAUUGCACCCAGCGGUAGUUUGCUCUCACGUGACAGUUUCAAGGGCUGCAUACGCAGUGUCUCCAUUCGGAAUGAGCGUCGCGACUGGAUAGACAUGGAUGAUUUGCAUAAUGUGCUGCUUGGCGAGUGUCUUGUGUCCAGCGAUGACAACUGAUUCGCUUAGCUGGGGUUCCUGUUGAUGCGCCACAACCAAAACUUUUUCCAAAAUGUAUUGUGAUCAAUUUAUGAGUUUUAUAGCCUUAGAAUUAGCAAGCAACCAGUUAGUUAGCAUAGCACUGCCAUAUUUAAGCACAUAUAACUAAUUUAUGUUUUAUAUGUAUAUGGUAAUUUAAGCGUAAGCACGCGUUCUGCCAGUGACUGCAUUUUAAAAUCCUAUGAUACACAUAAUCAAGCUGCCACCUAUAUUAAUUUAUUUAUUUUUAGCAUUGCAUUAUUUACUUAAUUUUUGCUUUAUUUAUUUUUGGUUUUUUGA